UUAGUUUCAAAAUGGCGAAUGUUCGUGAUAGCGAUACGUCCUUGUGGCUCCACAAUAAAUUAGGAACUUCUAAUGAUUCUUGGACUGGGGGCUCGAUAUGUUCCCAAUUGAAUGCCGAAGUAUUGAGGAAUAUCAAAGAUUGUUUUCCCGAUUUACAGACACAAGUCAAAUUAAAAUUAUUGCUAAGCUUUUUUCAUGUCCCGCGCAGAAAUGUUGAUGAGUGGAGAAAUGAAUUAGAAGACAUAUUAGAAAUCGCCACACUCGAUUCUGAAUUAUGGGUUGCCAUGUUAGCCGAAACUAUGAAAACUUUUCCAAGCACUGGUUCAUUGAACACGGAAAUUUCGGAGUACGAUGAAACUAGGCCAAUAUUUGCAGAACUUGUAAAUGAAUUAAAAAAAUUAGUAAAUCGACAAACAGAUAUUAAUAAUAUUCUUCCUUUGGAAUGUCAUUAUUUGAACAAGCCUGCCUUGAUCUCAGUGGUUGGUCAACAACAACCGCCUAUCAAACAUUUUACAUUGAAACGUAAACCAAAAAGUGCUGCAUUACGUGCAGAACUAUUACAAAAAUCAGCAGAUGCCGCAAGUUCUGUUAAAAAAGUUUCUGCUCCCACAGUACCUGUUAGAAGUCGAGGAAUGCCCAGGAAAAUGACUGAUACAACUCCAUUAAAAGGAAUUCCGAGCCGUGUGCCUACCGGUGGUUUCAGAUCACCCCCAACCAACAGUCUCUGCUUCAAGACCCCCAAUGGUAAACGCUGGAAGAAGGAUGGUGGUAUCAAAUUGUUAGAUAUACAGAACAGCCUUUAG